AUGGUGGACAUGGAUAGGAACGAUCCGGAACUUCGGUACCUCUCGGUGGAUAGAAACAGUUUCAACGACCCUGCUACGCAAGCAGAAUGGACGCAGAAGCGGUUGGUAUGGGUGCCACACGAGACCCAGGGUUUCGUCGCAGCCGGGAUAAAGGGGGAACGGGGGGAUGAAGUCGAGGUGGAAAUAGCAGAAUCAGGGAAGAGGAUGUUGGUACCAAUAGAUGAUAUACAGAAGAUGAAUCCCCCCAAGUUUGAUAAGGUUGAGGAUAUGGCUGAGCUCACCUGUUUGAAUGAAGCUUCUGUGCUGCACAACAUCAAAGACAGAUACUAUUCUGGACUGAUUUAUAUCUUCAAGGCACACCUCAGGAACACUUGCAAAGACCCAGAUCUUCAAGGCACACCUCAGGAACACUUGCAAAGGCUCAGAUCUUCAAGGCACACCUCAGGAACACUUGCAAAGGCUCAGAUCUUCAAGGCACACCUCAGGAACACUUGCAAAGGCUCAGAUCUUCAAGGCACACCUCAGGAACACUUGCAAAGGCUCAGAUCUUCAAGGCACACCUCAGGAACACUUGCAAAGGCUCAGAUCUUCAAGGCACACCUCAGGAACACUUGCAAAGGCUCAGAUCUUCAAGGCACACCUCAGGAACACUUGCAAAGGCUCAUAUCUUCAAGGCACACCUCAGGAACACUUGCAAAGGCUCAGAUCUUCAAGGCACACCUCAGGAACACCUCAAGGCAGCCGCUGUGAUGUCUGACCAUGUAUCCGACCAACAAGGUGAAAGUCCGUAACCAGACUUACCCGAUGGAUUCGCCCAAAGUAGAAAGGGCAUUAUGAUGAUUGAUGAUUCUUCCACAAUUAUUUCAUCAUUCCAGCAACUUCAGAAAUACAGCCCUGAUGCUCACAUGUCCGACCUGGGUGGUUCUUAGAGGGCAUUUAUAAAAUAAAUAAAUAUAAAUAUUUCCAACACACACACCAAUUAGCCUAGCCCC